UUUGUCAAGAAGAAAAAGUGUAAUUUUGAGGACUCACACUCACUUGCUACCAUUCAUUCAUUCAACUUUAAAGCAUCAUGAUCCCACUUCUAUAAUUUGGCUUAGCUUAUCCUUCAUUCAUCAUUUUUCUAUUGCAAACUGAAUGAAUUGAAACAAUUCAAAACAUGGCUCAAUUGAGGAACAAGCAAGUGAUUCUGAAGGACUAUGUGUCUGGUUUUCCUAAAGAAUCAGACAUGAACAUUGUUGACAGUACUAUUACUCUAAAGCUUCCACAAGGUUCCAAUGAUGUGUUGCUAAAAAAUCUCUACUUGUCUUGUGAUCCAUUCAUGAGAAAUCUCAUGAACAAACCACAAGGCCCUCCUAAUCCUCUUUCCUACACCCCUCAAUCUGUAAUAGCAGGUUUUGGAGUGUCUAAAGUUCUGGAAUCUGGAGACCCUAAUUACAAGGAAUGUGAUUUAGUGUGGGGAUUCUCUAAAUGGGAAGAGUACAGUUUGGUUCCAUCAACUCAAAUACUUUUCAAAAUUGAGCACACUGAUGUUCCGCUUUCGUACUAUACCGGAAUUCUGGGUAUGCCAGGAUUGACUGCUUAUGCUGGUUUCUUUGAAUUAGGCUCUCCUAAAAAAGGAGAGAAUGUUUUUGUUUCAGCUGCAUCUGGUGCAGUUGGUCAACUUGUCGGUCAAUUCGCUAAAUUAACAGGAUGUUAUGUUGUUGGAAGUGCUGGAAGUAAAGACAAGGUGAAUCUAUUGAAAAAUAAAUUUGGGUUUGAUGGAGGUUUCAACUACAAGGAAGAGCCUGACCUUAAUGCAGCUUUGAAAAGGCACUUCCCUGAAGGCAUUGACAUUUACUUUGAGAAUGUUGGCGGCAAGACACUUGAUGCGGUACUCCCGAAUAUGAGAGUCCAUGGUCGAAUACCUGCGUGUGGAAUGAUCUCACAGUACAAUCUUACUCAACCUGAAGGUGUAACAAAUUUGGCACAUGUCGUAUAUAAGCGGAUUCGAAUGGAAGGGUUUAACACUGCCGAUUUCUAUCACCUAUAUCCCAAAUUCUUGGAUUUCAUCCUGCCUCAUAUCAGAGAAGGGAAGAUUGUGUAUGUGGAAGACAUAGUUGAGGGUCUUGAGAAUGGCCCUGCAGCGUUGAUUGGCUUGUAUGGCGGUCGCAAUGUUGGUAAACAAGUAGUUGUUGUUGCUCAUGAGUGAAUAAAAAGCAUAUGCUUUUUCAAAGUAUUGUUAUGUAGUAGUCAGUUUUUGUUCUGAAUUUUCAUUGACAAUUUAGCUAUAUUUUACUCUGCCACCGUUGUAAUCAUCUUUCAUAUAUGUAUGAGCAUAUGAUUUUAUUAUGUUCCUGUGCUUGAGUGAGCUGUGUCAAUGUAUUAUAGAGUCAUUGCUCAAUAAUAAAAGCAUUUGCUUGUUAUUGUACAUUAUCAUGUUACAUUCUUCAAGAUUGAAUCACUCAUAAAUUAAAUUUUCACA